UGAUAAAUAUCGUCUUUUUUCUCAGGAUAACUCAAAAGUACAUCAACCAAUCAAUGCAAGACAUAGAAGCGAAAGGAGUGGAAUGCACUGCUGACUCUUCUGUGCUUGAGAGAGUGCUAGCUUUCAACGAUAACAAUACUAAAGUUGCUGUUACCCUAGCUCUCGAUAUGUUCCUAGUUGGAAUUGAUACAACAUCAGCAGCAGUAGCCUCAAUUCUAUACCAGCUGAGCCAAAAUCAGGAUAAACAAGAAAUUUUGGUCAAAGAAAUCGACAAAGUUGUUCCCGGAGAUGCAAAACUGACCAGUAAAAUGCAUGAAAUGAAAUAUCUGCGCGCAUGUAUAAAAGAAACACUCAGGAUGUACCCAGUAGUAAUAGGCAAUGGAAGACUGGUCACAAAUGACAUUGUCCUAGGAGGCUACUUGAUACCAAAAGGGGUUCAAGUGGUAUUCCAGCACUACGUGAUCAGCAACAGCGACAAAUAUUUUGCAAACGCAGCAAAAUUCGAGCCGGAAAGAUGGCUGAAGGCACGCAGCGAGGCUCACCACGCGUUCGCGUCACUUCCGUUCGGAUUCGGACGCCGCAUGUGUCUCGGCAGGCGAUUCGCCGACCUUGAACUCGAAACGCUAUUGGUUAAGGUCAGUAAAGGUCACUUUAUCAAGGUCCAUGAAUAGCUAC